ACUAAUUUCGCAAGUACUCUAUCCACAAGUGCUAUGAAACCCAUCAGAAGAAUCACCUCCAACGACGACCUCGCCAAGUGGAUCGACUCAGACGCGUACAAAAAGAUUGUGGAGUUUGUGGAAGCCCUCCAGGAUCUGGUUUUGGGCCUCACAAACGAAUCUCCAUGUGAAGAGUCCAGCACCAUCACCACACUACUCAAGAUCUUGGAUCAGGUCCAACACAUAAUCGACGCCAAUCCCGUAGUGCAUGAGAAGAACGUGUCACGGUUCGGCAAAGUCGAGUUCCGUGAUUUCUAUAACCAAGUUGCCAGUGAGAGCACCGGGUUGGUUUCGCUAUUGACUGACGAUAUCGAUACAGUGACGGAGGCAAACACAUAUUUCAUCGAGUCCUGGGGUAACUGCACCCGAAUAGACUAUGGGUCGGGCCACGAGUUAAACUUCGUGUGCUUCUUGCUAUGUCUUCAUGAAAAAGGCGUUCUUCUUAAACAAGACUAUGCUGCUGCUAUCUUGAAGGUGUUCACCAAGUACAUUUCCAUUAUGAGAAACCUCCAGAAAAACUAUUGGUUGGAACCAGCUGGUUCCCACGGCGUGUGGGGGUUGGACGACUACCACUUCUUAACGUUCUUGUUCGGGGCAUCUCAACUUGCAACGCAUCCUUAUAUGAAACCCAAGCUGAUCCACAAUGAAGAGUUGGUGGAAAUGUAUUACAAACAGUAUAUGUACUUUGAGUGCAUCCAUUUCAUUAACUCCAUCAAGACGGUACCCAGCAACCAGCAGAGGUUAAGUAUUAGAUGGCACUCACCUAUGUUGGACGAUAUUCUGUCGGCGAGAUCCUGGCAGAAGAUCAAGGAUGGAAUGAUUAAGAUGUAUAAGGCUGAGGUUUUGGGAAAACUCCCCAUUAUCCAGCACUUUAUGUUUGGGGACAUUUUGAAGUGUCCUGCUGGAGUUCUCGAGUACAAUGAAGAAGAAGGUAAUGACCAACUUCAUGACCACGAUCAUCAUCACUCAGAAAUGAAUAAUACGUGGGGAGACUGCUGUGGGAUCAAGAUUCCCAGUGCCAUUGCCGCAUCGGAACUGUUGCGGUUGGAGAAAAAACCCAUUCCGUUUGAUUAGCAAUGUAUAUUACACGGUAUGGAAACUAAACUACUCGGUGUAACCGAUUUUGGUGGCAAUGAGUAUGUUUCUGGGAAACGCCCCUGGCACCGGCAACAACACCUUUAAUCGGCCCUUGGACUCCUCAUACUUGGAGACAUGGACAUACCCCAAAAUGCACGCGUCGAGCAAGUCAUUGGGCAGUUUGUUGGUAGCCGGCAAUUGUGUCACUGCUAACACCAAGUUUUCAAGGUUAUUGGCAGAAAAGUCGUCGAUUUUCUUGUAAUACUUGUCCAAAGUAUCCUCCUUCUUUUCAGUUUCCUCAGUUGCAUCGGGUGCAAAGGAAUCUCCUGAUGGAGCGAACAAUAAACUCGAAUUGAACUCGGACGAGUCUACCGGCUGGUAGAACACAAAGUCCGAAAUGGUAAUUUCCGUUUUGAAGGGGGACAACGGGUUGCGGAAGUACCCGUUGAAGUACUGCUUGAUGGUCUCUUCCUGACACUUUCUUAUAUAGCUUUCGUCAAGCUCCACCACUCCUUCGCUUUUGGACAACUUGAUAAUACACAACAGAUUGUUAGACACUUUGUGCACAAAUUUCUUCUGUAGGUCUAUAGAGAGCUUCUCAUUGCCUAUCACCACGAUAUGGUCCACCUCAAAGUCAGACACAAUAUCCUCGAUCAAUCGUAUAUCUUUUAUGGUCAACGCGGGUGUAUCGAUGAUAACUCCACUGUUUUUUACGGCAAUAUCCUCUUCCAACCGCGACAUGGUGGCCACACCGAGCUUCGAGAUGUGGUGUCUGUAUAAGUCCAAGUUGGCGGCAAAGUCCUCGAAUCCGUAGUUUUUCACGAGUGGCUGUUUGGGGUUGUGGUAGGUGGUACCACUGGUGGUCAGACCACCGUAGCCGCCCACGGCCUCUAGGUCGAAGUUGUCACUAAUAGGGGUGGCCGUCAAGGCACCGGGCAUAGCGAACACCCCGUCCCGUGGGUUUAAAUUCACUAGUAUGGGACAUCUGUCCAUCUUGAACCCAUAUGAACACAAGAUCUUGGCCACCGUCGACUUCCCGCUGAACUUGGGCCCAAGAAGUAACACCUUCGGAGCAGGAGUCUGGUUGACACUGUGCUGAUUGACCAAGUUACGGUCGGUGGCUUCCUGGCGCUUUUUCUCCAAGUAGAAGUGGAGGUUGACGACUUGUUUCAUGGACAAAGUAUCACUGCUGAUAUAUUCGCUAAUGGAUGCGGGCUCAUUGGUGGUGUUGGACUGUUCCUUGUUGAUCUUGAGUGUGUACUGCAACUUGCAUCCUUGGGGCAACGGCGCGUAGACACUGUAUUUCACUCCUGAGAAGCUGAGGUCCGUGUUUAUGGGUAAUUCGGUGCCGAAGAUUUCGGCGAUUCCGUCGAGGAUUUUAAGGGAAAGAGAGAGCUUGAAGGGGACUUCGAAGCGCCAUUCGUGGUUUUCGGGGAUGGUGAUGGUGAUGGGGAGGUUUGAUUCGACGUCGGCGUCUGGUCUGUUAAACCCUGGGAUGAGCUCCAUGAUGAAAAGUGAGAAUGCGAAUGUUUAUUUAGACCAGCUAGAUAGGUAUUCAGAGAGAAGGGUUGUACCACCGUCCCCUAAGGGGCGGUGUUCACGGUACUAGUAGAAUGAGUAGGGACAUUGAAUGUUAGACAUUCGAUGCCACUUAUAAAUAGUGUACAGUCCCCACCUAAGCAGAACUAAAGUCUAAUUUCUUGGGCCGGAUGUGCGCCUGGCGCUCCAGUAACCGCACUAUCUUCUUCUCGCCCGUCUUAUUGUUUACCAACUCGAGGUGUGUCAGGUAGUCCACCUGCAGUUUGUUGCUAUUGAAGGGAUUUUGGAUAUUGAGGUUAGCUUUACGUGCUGGGUUGGCAGAAAGAAACGGGUUAACCAUUGGUUGUCUCUUUCGAAUCACCUGCUCUUCGUCAGCCUCAUCGUCUGAAAAGUACUUGGCUGAGUUGCCAUACCAUUCGUGGACUGUGAAGUCGUUGAUCAUCUGGUGACCGGGCGUCAGAGGCACAUCGGGAGCCCUCAGCACAGGAGAAGAGGGCUCUUCAAACGGGUUCCGACUGAUACGAGUAGGCGACUUCAACAUCCGCAAGUUCGAAUUAGAGAUGAACUUGGUUGUAUCGGUGGGCUUGAGAAAGAACUGGUCCAUCUCGUCCGAGCUUUCAGGUUGCUCUUGGUCAACUUCUUCCAUGUCAGUUUCGAAUUUCAACCCGUUAUUUAACAGGGUCAAUGCAUCGAACUUCAAGGCUGCCGGCUUGAUUUUGGUCAAAUUGGCGUUGGAGCUGGUGGCACUUUUUCUACCAGACCCAAUGGUGGAAGGUGUUGGCAACAAGAGCCCGAAAUGGUCUUGGUGGAAGCUAUUGGGUGUAACAGAGGCUGUGGGAGACUCAAGUUUGAAGAUGUUUUCGAUUUUCUUUCGGCGCUGUAAGCGGGGCGACUUGUGAGGAGUGAACUCAGGGGUGAUGGGGGCCAACAAGUGUUUUGAUUGUUGGGGCUGAUGAGAAGUGUUUGUGGAGCCGCUGUUCAUGGCCGAGAAAAAGUUUUGGACCUUCUUGGAAGUCGAUUGGGGUGUCUUAAGAGUCCCAAAUUUGGAUGGGCCGAUGGUGACACCUUUUCUUAGACGCGGAGGUGUGGAUGGGGGAGCGAACCGGUCAGCUUUCAUGAUUUGAUGAUAACUAGCAACAGAAAUCGAGUACACGUCUGCAGAAUUUUUUGUGGGUUUUAGGCGCGCUCUUUUGCCAGCGUGCGCAAUGAGAACCGUCGUG